CGGUGUAGAGAGUUCGAGUGUUGGAUAGUGCACCGCGCCGGAGAGGUCAUCCAUGACUCUGUUAGCAGACCCCAUCGUCGACGUCGCCGCCUCCUUCUCCCCGAGGGUCGAAACCGUAGAAGGAGAAGUUCCGAUUCAGACCAGGUCUUCAUGGAUAAGUGAACGAGACGAAAAUCUAGGGAGCCAGGGCGUCUGAAGGUUUUUCGGUUUUCCAAGUUCUCGAGAAGGGCCGUCGCACUCCGUUGCCACAGAUUUUCCGUGGAAAGUCGUGACAAGGAGAGACUCCGACGUUCGAUAUGUAGCGUUUCCUGAGAGCAACAACUCUGUUAUCUAAUCGAGCCAGCAGCAUCAUGUGGCUGAAAGGGAGUACAGAACCUCGUCGCAACGAGCGAGCUCCAGCUACUCCCUGUUCGAGUACCAGUAAAUAUGGUUUCCGCUCUCUGUUGAGAGCCGCAGUACUGUUCCUUCAAGUUUGCACGUUCUCUUCUGUUCUUCGGACCACAGUAGCGAAUCCUGAUGCAAAGAGAUUAUAUGAUGACCUGAUGAGCUCCUACAACCGACUCAUUAGGCCCGUUGGCAAUAACAGUGACAGGCUCACUGUCAAAAUGGGACUCAAACUCUCCCAGCUUAUUGACGUGAACCUCCGGUCGCAGAUAAUGACAACAAACGUUUGGGUUAAUCAGGAAUGGUCCGAUCACAAACUACGUUGGGAUCCCGCCGAGUACGGCGGAGUCACAGAGCUCUAUGUGCCAGCUGAGCAAAUUUGGUUGCCGGACAUCGUCUUGUACAACAACGCUGACGGCAAUUACGAAGUGACAAUCAUGACAAAAGCCAUUAUUAACAACGAAGGAACUGUUAUCUGGAAUCCUCCUGCCAUAUACAAAAGCAGUUGUCUUAUGGACGUUCAGUACUUUCCUUUCGAUCAACAACUCUGUAGCAUGAAAUUCGGAUCUUGGACCUACGACGGAUUCAUGGUGGAUUUAAAACACAUCCGCGACGUGGACAGUGUCGAUCUGGUGCCACUCGGCAUCGAUCUCUCGGAAUUCUACCCUUCCGUCGAAUGGGACAUUAUGGCAGUGCCGGCAAAACGAACCGAGAAGUUCUACGCCUGCUGCGAGGAACCGUACCCAGAUAUUACGUUCAACAUCACAUUACGUCGGAAGACUUUAUUCUACACGGUUAAUCUCAUAAUUCCGUGCGUCGGCAUUUCCUGCUUGUCAAUUCUGGUGUUCUACCUGCCCUCCGCCUCUGGAGAAAAGGUGUCAUUGUCCAUCAGCAUCAUGCUGUCACUCACUUUCUUCUUGCUCGUGUUGGUCGAAAUCAUACCUCCGACCUCGCUAGCGAUGCCGUUACUCGGAAAAUACCUCGUGUUUACCAUGAUAUUGGUCACGCUGAGUGUGCUAGUGGCGAUCGGAGUGCUCAACGUGCACUUCCGAUCGCCUUCGACUCACCACCUUCAUCCGUGGUGCAGAAAAGUGUUCAUAAGAGUUCUGCCCAGAAUUCUUUUGAUGAGAUCUCCUCAAUACACAAUCGAAACCGACGAUGCUACUCGAGAGCACAAAGAUAAAAUGGCUGAGACCCAACUCAGCCACGACGCCAAGGCCGAUCCGCGAGUGGCAAUCCACUAUCCCAGGUGCCCACGGUACAACGGCGCGCCCGGAAGCUGCAAUUACUGCUUGGAUAUGACUUUGCCUCCUCCGCAACCGCCCACUUCGCGGUUCGGACGACCUUGUCCAAACUGCUCCACCCAAGAUCCACAGAGCUCGAGAUCAUCUCAUCUUCUCGUGAACUACCCUGACGACGACACAAUCGAAGAAUCGUGUGACGUCGAUCAGGUUGUCGCCGGUGAUAUGUCUCAUUUGAGCGUACCGCCUCCGCCGCUCGUGGGCAGGGUUCACGGUGUACGUGACUUCGAAGAGACGAUCCGUCACGCAAUGUUCAUAGCGCAACACAUUGACAACAAUGAUGAUUUUGAAAGCAUUCGUGAGGAUUGGAAGUAUAUUGCCAUGGUACUCGAUAGAUUGUUUCUGUGGAUAUUCACCAUUGCAUGCGUCGUUGGAACUGCCGGAAUCUUCCUUCAGGCUCCGUCACUGUACGAUCAGACGGUUCCAAUCGACGUGAAACUCUCACGCGUCGCGAGACGCAUGUUGCACGGUAACCUCGCGGACGACAUUGAAGACGAAGAUAUGUAA